AUGCCGUCUGGAAGUAAGAUAGUUGAGAAGCUCCCUCAGGAAGAUGACACGGUGUUGGGCACCCAGGCUGGAACCACCAGUAGCUGUCAAGCCUGUGAGGAAGCGGACACGGAUAGGAUGGUGAUGUGCGAUGCUUGUGACGCUUGGUACCAUUACCAUUGCGUCGGCGUAGGAGAUAGUGUUAGCGACAAGAGUUUCGUUUGCCCCAAAUGCAAACUUGUUGCCGUACCCACGCUUACGGAGAAGACUCGAAAGGAACAACCACCUCUUUCGGUAAGCAGUUCGACUAGUUCGAGAAUAGGUUCCUCGGUAUCUACCGCACGAUCCCGUCUGCGAUUGAAUAUGAAGAAGCUUGAGGCCGAACGAGUUUUGCUGCAGAAGCAACUCGACUUGGAACGUCGAGCAAAACAAUCGGAAAACGAGAUGGAAUUCGAACGACGACAACUGGAAUUGGACCAGGCCUUUCACCGGGAGAAAUUUAAACGUCUUGAAGAGGAAGAAAAUGCUGAGAACGAUGCUAAGAGCCAAAAGUCGAUCCUGAGCAGUAUCCGGAAGGUUCAACAGUGGCAUAUUCGAACCGAAGCUACGACGCAGAAGAAACUGAGUGAGCUGAAAAUAGUAUCGAAUCCGAUAGAAUUAGAUAAUAUACCAAAAACGCAAGGUAGGCCACAACAAGUCAAAUUGUUAGCGACGAGGGACGAACGACGCCAACAGGGCGCAGUUGGUGAAAGCGUAGAGAUAGGCUCCCGUAAAUUAGGUGCGAUUCCGAAAGCUUCUAGACAGGUAGUAAAUAUUGUAGAGGAAAAGCUAGGAUAUCAAGCGGUACCGAUACAUCGACAUCGAGAUUAUUCUCUUGAUAUUUCUCCUAUCAGGACAAGUAACGUUAUAGACCCGAAACCCUUUCACGCGGUCGAUAAACAUACUCCGCCUUUUCCCCACGACAUGCGCGAAAGUACUCAACUUCCAACGAAUCGUUUAUCUCGCGAUCAAAUCUAUUGCGAAUCGAAAGUGUUGGGAGACCUGGUACGUAAUCCUCCGAGGUGGUAUGAUGAACCAGCUUUUGGUGCGACGAAAGCACGUGAAGACGAAGAACGUUUAGCGAAUGCCACGAAACCGAUGAUGAUUCAACGUGGCGGUUCGUGUGGAGACGAAGCCAGUGUGAUAUGUGGAGACGGAGAAGGUGAUUUUCAAUACCAACGUACAGGAAGCAGACAUCGUGGAGUAAGGGAUUAUAAUCCUACACACCAGCAGCUAUCAGCUCGGCAACUGGGAUCGAAGGAAUUACCUGAGUUCGAUGGUACACCGGAAGAUUGGCCUUUAUUUAUUUGUACGUUUCAAAAUACCUCGGCCGCAUGUGGUUACUCUGAUGAUGAAAAUUUGCUAAGGUUACAAAAAUGUUUGAAAGGACCAGCGAGACAAAUGGUUCAGAGCCAACUAAUGAUGCCGUCUGCAGUACCUAGCAUCAUUGAAACUCUGCGUACCCUUUACGGAAGACCGGAAGUACUAGUACACUCAUUGCUGCAAAAAAUACGACAAAUUCCUGCACCCAAAUCUGAUCGGUUAUCCGACCUAAUUACCUUUGGAAUGGCGGUCAAAAAUUUGUGUACUCAUCUGGAAGCCGCUCAACAAACUGCUCAUCUUAAUAACCCCACACUUCUGUUCGAGCUUAUGGAAAAGCUUCCGACGAACUUGCAGCUAGAUUGGGCUCUGUACACAAUGCGUUUCGAAUUCUACGAUUUAAGCACGUUUUCUUCAUUUAUGUCACAACUCGUCACAGCAGCUUCGAGAGUCACUUUGAGGAUCCAAAUGCCAGGUGCUAAUUCGAUUCAACGGGGCAGUAAGGCAGAAAAGCUUAACACUAGACAUUUUCUCGGCGUGCAUACGGAACUGGAUUCGUUCCCGGAGGACGCAGAAUCAGGUUUUGGAGAACGGAACCAUAUUUCUACUGGGAAUAGGCCUUUUGUGAAAAGCGAGUCCCAAGCUGGGCCAUCAUGCUUCAUAUGUAAAAAUCCAGAUCACCGCGUACGGGAUUGUUCGGAGUUCAAGAGACUGACUGUUGAAAAUCGCUGGACGAAAAUUCGGGAACUGGGAGUUUGCAAAGUUUGUCUGGGCUACCAUGGACGAAGACCUUGCAAGUCUUCAAGAACGUGCGAAGUUAAUGGUUGUCAGGAAAAACAUCAUUCUAUGUUACAUAUCGCGAACGUGAAUUCCGAGAACACACCAACAACAUCAACAGCAGUAAUAAAUCUCCACCAAUCGGAACAAUCUACGCUCUUCAGGAUGCUGCCGGUCACGUUAUAUGGAAACGGUAGAUCAGUCGAAGUUUUGGCGUUCAUCGAUGAUGGUUCUUCCAUGACGCUACUGGAUGAGGAUAUUGCAUCGCAAUUGGAGAUCCGAGGAGAGCCGGCCCCAUUGUGUCUUCAGUGGACCGGCAACGUUACACGCAGCGAAGCGAAAUCUCAACGAGUUAGCCUGGAGAUAAGAGGUACACGGAAGUCACAGAAGUUCCCGAUCGAAGUGCGGACAGUGUGUGGUCUAGAGUUGCCUAACCAGUCGAUGUGUUACGCAAAGUUGCUUGAAAAGUAUCAUCAUCUCCAAGGAUUACCUAUCCAGGAUUACCAGAAUGUUAAGCCUCGGGUGUUGAUCGGAAACGAUAAUUCUCACAUUGGAGCGACGUUGAGAAUACGAGAAGGAGAACCAGGCGAGCCUAUUGCUGCAAAAUGUCGAUUGGGUUGGUCAGUUUACGGAGCCAUCGGGGAAGGUACCAGGAGAGCAGGCAGUUUCCAUAUUAGCGAAUGCAAGUGCGAUGGAGAACUUCAUAACAUGGUGGAGAACUUUUUUUCGAUGGAAAUUAGUGGAAUAUGGAACAGCCCCGAACCACAGUCUAAAAAAAAUCUACGAGCGAACAAAAUUAUGGAGCAAACUACGAAACGUCGAGGUCAGAGGUUUGAAACCGGUCUUCUCUGGAAAUAUGACGACUUUGAAUUUCCCGAAAGUCGAAAAAUGGCCGAACGUCGACAUCGAUGCUUGGAGCGUCGAAUGAGGAGCAACCCAGUCAUCGGAGAUAGUGUGAGGAAGCAGAUGAUGGACUAUCUCAGGAAGGGAUACAUCCAUAAGGCCACCCCGGAAGAAUUGGCUGCGGCCGAUGCCAAACGAACGUGGUAUUUACCGCUAGGAGUAGCCCUAAACCCCAAGAAGCCUUCAAAGAUUCGCAUAUUUUGUGACGCAGCGGCAAAGGUGCAAGGAGUUUCGCUGAAUACGAUGCUGUUAAAAGGUCCCGAUUUGUUGAACUCAUUACCAGGUGUACUAUUCGGUUUUCGAGAGCGGUCGAUUGGAAUCUGCGCGGACAUUCGCGAGAUGUUCCACCAGGUGAUGAUUCGGGAAGAGGAUCGUAAUUCGCAGCGCCUCUUGUGGCGGAACAAUACAGACGAACCUAUUGAAACAUACUUCAUGGAUGUGGCGACGUUCGGAUCCUCGUGUUCUCCGAGCUCAGCGCAGUUCGUCAAGAACCGGAACGCAAUGGAAUUCGCUGAGGAGUUUCCUGAUGCAGCUGAAGCCAUCAUCAAACACCAUUAUGUGGACGAUUGGUUGGACAGCGUAGACACCGUACAAGAGGCAUGCAAGCUGGCGGCCGACGUUGAAUAUGUCCAGUCUCAAGGGGGCUUCAAGAUACAUAAUUGGCUUUCCAAUUCUCCACAGUUUCUUGAACAAAUAGGAGAACGAGAUUUGGCGGACACUAAAAAUUUAAAUUUGGACAGAAGUACGGAACGUGUUUUGGGCAUGUUGUGGCGUCGGUCGGAUGAUGUAUUCAUCUUUUCUCUGAACAAUAACUUAAGCGUCGUGCACCCCACUAAAAGAGAGGUUUUGAGAGCUGUUAUGUCGGUUUUUGAUCCACUCGGGCUACUUGCGUUCUUCAUCGUUCACGGCAAGAUUAUUAUCCAAGAUAUUUGGAAGACCAAAACGAACUGGGAUGAGAAAAUUACGGAAGAGCUGAGAGAUCGUUGGAUACAGUGGACGGAACAGUUUGAGAAAUUGUCGGAGGCAAAGAUACCACGCUGUUACUUUCCGAAUUACCCGAAAGACAGUGUCAAAGAUAUACAGCUUCAUAUUUUCUGCGAUGCGAGUGAACAAGCUUAUGCCAGUGUAGCUUUUCUGCGAGCUCAAAUCGAAGGUUCCAUACACUGCGCUCUCGUUAGCGGAAAAUCGAAGGUUGCGCCAUUGAAAACCGUGUCUAUACCACGACUGGAGCUUCAAGCAGCGGUACUGGGAGUUCGGUUGCAAAAAUUGAUCAAAGAGUUUCACAGACUGUCAAUCAGCAGAACCGUAUACUGGAGCGACUCGCAAACUGUGCUAUCGUGGAUAAAAUCAGACCAUAGGCGUUAUCGACAGUACGUGGCGUGUAGAAUUGGGGAAAUUUUGACCGAAUCUAGUGUAGACGAUUGGAGAUGGAUACCGUCGAAGGAGAAUGUGGCUGACGAUGCUACGAAGUGGGGACAAGGUCCAAACUUUUCGAACGAAUCUAGAUGGUUUCGAGGCCCACAGUUUUUAUAUCACCCAGAGGGCGAGUGGCCAACCGACUGUAAGAUUAGCAUAGAAACUACGGAGGAAUUAGCAGAGUGCUUGCAUCACUUUUCCGCGCGGAGCUUCUUUCAGCUGAUUCGAUGGGAGCGCUUUUCUUCUUGGCAGACGCUGUGGCGGUCUGUGGCAACUAUUCUCAAAUUUUUCGACAUGUUGCGCGCGAAGGCUAAGAAGGUAUCGUACGUCAUGGGACCUGUAACGAGUGAGGAACUGACUAGAGCGGAAGAUAUAAUUUUUAAAUUAGUUCAAAAAGAAGUGUAUUUUCAAGAAUUGUCGGCACUGUUAGAGAAGAGCCAAUCAGGAAGUAAAACACGCACCCAGAGCACACUGAACAGAAACAGCAAGUUGUUUAGGCUCUCACCAUUCCUAGACGAACGCGGAAUUAUACGAUUAGAGAGCCGCAUUAUUGCUGCGUCCUAUGUAUCGUUCGAUACCAAGUUUCCGAUAAUUUUACCUAAGGAACAUGUUGUCACCCGGCUGAUGUUAGAGGCGCUUCACAAACGUUACCUUCACGCAAACGGAGAAACCGUGGUUAACGAAUGUAGGCAGCGUUUUCACAUUCCGAACCUUCGAAGUCUUGUUCGAAAGGUGUCUAGAUCAUGUCCGCAGUGCAAAAUAAAAAAAGCGAAACCCACGACCCCGAGAAUGGCUGCGCUUCCAGAAGCAAGAUUACAAGCUUUCGUCCGACCUUUCACCCACAUUGGCUUGGACUACUUUGGGCCACUGAACGUGCGCGUAGGAAGAAGUGUGGUGAAAAGAUGGGUGGCACUCUUUACAUGCUUAACGAUUCGUGCCGUCCAUCUUGAGAUUGUUCAUUCCUUGACGACCGAAUCUUGCAAAAUGGCUAUACGGCGAUUCAUUGUUUGCCAUGGCUCGCCGCUAGAAAUAUAUAGUGACAACGGAACAAAUUUCGUAGGAGCAAGCAAUGAACUUAAAAACGCAGUCGAUUCGAAACAGCUAGCAGAAUGCUUCACAAACGCUUAUACAAAAUGGAUCUUCAACCCACCGGCAGCACCACAUAUGGGCGGCGCCUGGGAACGCUUGGUGCGCUCCGUAAAAGUGGCGAUGGCAGCGAUGCAGACGUUGCGGAAUCCGGAUGAUGAAACCCUAGCGACGAUAGUUAGGGAAGCUCAGGGUGUGGUAAAUUCACGUCCUCUUACCUUCAUCCCGAUUGAAAGUGAAUCUCAAGAGGCCUUAACACCUAACCACUUCAUUUUACUAAGUUCCAACGGAGUAACUCAAAACCCAAAACCGUUGGCCGACGACAGCAUGGCGCAUCGCAAUAAUUGGAAUCAGCUCAACACGAUGGUAGACCAGUUUUGGAGGAGAUGGGUCAGAGAAUAUCUUCCGACUAUUGCUCGUCGAACAAAAUGGUUUAUCGAUGUAGCGCCCAUUGAACAAGGAGACCUGGUGAUUGUUAUUAGCGAAGCGGAAAGGAAUUGUUGGCUGCGUGGACGUGUAUUGGAAGUCAUCGAAGCGAAGGACGGUAGGCGGCGACAGGCGAUUAUACAGACGACCCAUGGUGUUUUAAAACGACCAGUAGCUAAGUUGGCGCGUUUAGACAUGGAAUGUGGUAAGCCAAGAUCGUCGAGUGCGUCCACCGACCUUUCUUACGGGCGGGGGGAUGUUACGGCAACUACGCCCGGUCUUCCGACCCCACCAAUGGGCAGAAACUGA